CCCACAUCUAUCAUUCAUUAUUCAUAUUUCUUUUCAGUUAUACACUACCGUUUUUAUUUGUUUUCUAAGACGUGUAGCUUUCUCCGCCCAACUUCAAAUUUAGUAGAGAUAUCGAAAUAAAAAGUCAUGGAAUUACCAAUACCAGAAGCGCAGUAUUGGGAUGUUACAAAGAGUGCCCAAAAGGAAAGGGAAGUUGUACGCGAUUUUAUACCUAAAGGCGUACCCCUGAACAUUGUAAAUUAUGCCGAGCUCUUUGAAAGCGAUACGUUCUUUUUGGAGUGCCAGAAGUACAGGGACUUUUACCGCGAUCCUUAUGCCAAGGUGCAUUGUCCUAAAUUUUUUGAACUUUACAAGGGAAAGUGUGGCGUUAAAUUGGACCACACUUUGGCUGUGAUGUUGAAAACAAUGGAGGCCAAUGAGGAUAGUCUGCCGAUCCUUUAUCCUUUGAUUGUGGACAGAUCAAUGAGACUUGGAAAGGGUUUCGGAAUGACAGCACAGCACUCUCCAAUAUCUUCUUCCGUUUACAAAAGAUGACUUAGUAUAUGUGAUUUAAUAAUCAUUUUAUAACUCAUUGGAUAACCGGCGAUACAAUCUAGGACAUUAUUAAAAAUAGUUAUAUUUUUAGCCAAUCAA